CCCUCUUACAGAUUUUGCCUCUUUUCUGCGUGUGCGCGUUAUUGUUCGCGCGCUCUCGCUCUUUUUAAGUGUUAUGGGUCGGGGGCGCGCCUUGCCAUGCCGCGCAGUGUGAAAAAGAAGGAGGCGGUGGUGCAUUUUCUUGUGAGGGAGGAUAAUGAUUUGUAUGUGACUAAAGGAGCUCACUGACACACCAGGUGGUGGAAAGGUCCAACAGCGGAGGGAUAUUACUAAGGAGAAGCAAAGAGGAACCAACGAGUGACAGAGCUCAGCUUUUUGGAUGCAUUGUGGAACAUCAGUAAUUAUAAAAUGAAGAAGAAUCCACCAAACCGAAGAGGUAUUAGCUUUGAAAUCGGGGCCCAGUUGGAAGCACGCGACAGGCUGAAAAAAUGGUAUGCUGCUCACAUUGAGGAAAUAGACUAUGAAGAAGGAAAAGUGCUGAUUCAUUUUAAGCGCUGGAAUCACCGCUACGAUGAAUGGUUUUGCUGGGAUAGUCCUUAUCUGCGUCCUUUAGAGAAGAUCCAGUUAAGACGAGAAGGCUUGGUCGAAGAGGAGCCACACGCGGCGUUUCGUGUUAAUGAACAAGUGUUGGCUUGCUGGUCUGACUGCAGGUUUUAUCCAGCGAAAAUAAUAUCUGCUAACAAGGAUGGUACAUACACUGUGAAAUUCUUUGAUGGUGUUGUGCAGACUGUCAAAAAUAUUCAUGUCAAAGCCUUUUCCAAAGACCAGGAAAAUGGUCCCCGUCCAAAGACAAAGGAAAAGUGCAGGGAAGGCACUUCCCCAUCUGACAGAUAUAGGGCGAAGUUUAAGGAACAGAGAAAAUCAUCAGAGAACACUAACCCAGACAAAGAGAAAUCUGUAGCCCCCGAAAAGAAGUCAUCCCAGCUAGAAAAAGAAAAGAAUCCUAUAGUCAGUGAGAAAAUAAAGAUCCCAGAAAAAAAUGCAGUAAAGAACGAGAAGGAAGACAAAGAAAACAUAUCGGAGAAUGAGAGGGAGUCUUCUGUGGAUUGUCGCCAGGAAGAAAGGAGCACCUCAAGUGAAACCUUGAGAACGCCACUUGAAAAUGGGGAAAGAAGAAAAAGACGUGAUAGGGCAACCACAGCACCACCUUCUGAUUCUGUUUCACAAACAUUGCAAUCGGUAACGCUGGAACUAAGGCGUCGUAAAAUAUCAAUCGGAUCGGAAAUACCCACAAAGAGAUCCCGACUAGAUAAAAGCACAAAAAAGAGUGUUCCUGUAAGUGAAACUGUGAAAGUUGAGAAUGGUUUGCCAGAAGAACAGCACCCUGAGACUAAGGAGAUCUGCGUGUCCGAGGAUACUUUAUCACCCCUAAGUUUGUCAUCAUGUGACAGUCAGGAGAAACCAAUGGGAAACAAGGAAACGGCACCACUAAUUGUAGAAGAGGGCACCUCACAAGAACCCAAAGAAACUUCCAUGGAAACACAGGAAGUCUGUACAGAGAGCUUUACAUCAUCUAACCCAGAACAUAUUGAACUAAAGACGGAGACGGAUGACAUUGUGGAGCCCAUUAUUACCGAUGUCCCUUCCUCUACACCGGAUAGGAAAGCAGAAGAAAACCAUAGCACAGAGAAAAAGCAGAUUCUAGAAGUGCCAUCUGUACAAGCUCCGAUGAGGCGGAUUCCUCGCUCUGACAGUUCUGCUAAGUACAGCAGAGAACCUUUAACACAUGCACUGAAGAAAUCCGAUGAUCCAGCUCCCAAAGCUGUGACCAUGGAACUGGAUCCCAACAGGUUUAAGUGCAAGUUUUUGGAUUGCUCAAAAUCUUUUCGCAAAGCAAAACUGCUGCACUACCAUAUGAAGUAUUUCCAUGGGAUUGAGAAGGCAGAGCAGGAUCAGAGCCUUGUGACCAGACAUAUGCAGACAAGAGGUUCUUUAGCUCAUGAAAAGUCCAGCCAAGAAACUCCAAAGAGGAGACGGACCACCUCUGGUUCUAUGCACACUGCUCUUCAGAUAUCAUUACGGAGUUCACCCCAGGAUGGCAAAGGGGAGAGGUUAGGAGAAAAGAGAAGACAUUCGAUGCAUGCCUCUUAUACUUCAAACUCUUACCGUCCUUCCCUCAAAGAGAAGAGCAAGGAGAAUCAGAUCCAGAAAACACACAGCAAAUCUGACAAACCACCAGAGAGUGUUAAAGACAGAGAAAAGAUGAGAGAGAAACUUAAGGAUUCAUUGAAUCUAAAGGCUAAAAAGAAAAAAAAGAAGAAAAAGAAAGGCAAGUUAGAGAUCUCUGGUAGUGAAGAAAACCUUGAUAUAUCUAAAGAGCUGUCUCCCAAAAAAACACAAGUUAUCCAACAGAAUCCUGAUUUUAAGCCAUCCUGUCAAGUGAAAAGUGCACCACUGAGAAGCACAGAUCAUGGCCGAAGAAAAGACACAGGAAGCAUAAGUGAUGAGGAUACUUUGAGUGAUUCCUGCACUGAAAGUUUGCUUUGGAGCGAUGAUGAUGACUACAACGAAGAGAUUGAUGUGACCAAUGCUGAUGAAGAACUAGAGGAAGAGCCUGGAGAUUGUGAAAUAGUGAGGUGCAUGUGUGAGGUGCAAGAUGAGAAUGAUUUUAUGAUUCAGUGUGAAGAAUGCCUUUGCUGGCAGCAUGGUGUCUGCAUGGGUCUAUUAGAAGAGAACGUUCCUGAGAAAUACAAAUGUUAUAUUUGCCAGGAUCCACCAGGUCAGAGGCUGAGUCUGAAGUAUUGGUAUGACAAGGACUGGCUGGACAAGGGACAUAUGCAUGGCUUGUCAUGUCUGGAGGAAAACUACUCUCAUCAGAAUGCAAGGAAAAUUGUGGCUACACAUCAGCUUCUAGGGGAUGUACAGCGAGUGAUUGAGGUUCUGCAUGGACUGCAGUUGAAGAUGAGUAUCUUACAAAGCAAAGAGCAUCCAGAUCUGAAAUUCUGGGGCCAACCUUGGAAACAGCAAGCAGUGAAUGACAAAUGUUACAUCAAGCGCAGCUUGGAGGAAAACGUGUGCAAAGGUGACUCCACAAAUCACAGGACUUACAACGGUGCCAUGGACAGGCCCUCCCCCAUUCCUUCUGUGGAGGAAUCUUACAUCACAAGCGAACACUGUUACCAAAAACCUAGGACCUAUUACCCUGCAGUAGAACAGAGACUGGUUGUGGAAACACGCAGUUCGGCGUUGGAUGGCGGAGUGGAGCGAAUACGGCAGAACAGGGAAGACUCAAUUGCUGAGAGACUUGGGUGGGAGUUGGACAGGGAGCUAAUAAAAACUGAGAGUGAAUCAAAGCAUAAUUACUGUAAGCAGGUAAGAGAAUGCCUGUCCAAGAGGAACCCUCCUCAAGAAGCCACGCAUCCUCAGCCGAUUGAUAUUAGCGACGAUGGGGUCAGCUCACAGAUACAGUGGCAACUCAACUUACUGGCACAUUUGGAGUCUCUGCAGGAUGAAGUCACUCACCGGAUGGAUUUCAUUGAGAAGGAACUUGACGUGCUAGAGAGUUUCUUGGACUACACAGGAGAACUAGAGCCUCCGGAACCCCUUGCACGGCUUCCUCAGCUCAAACAUCGGAUCAAACAGCUCCUGAUGGACCUUGGCAAAGUGGAGCAAAUAGCUCUCUACUGCUCAACAUGAGGAACAUACAAUGUGGAUCUUGGCUGGUCCUCUGUAAGACUGUACAGGGCUCUGGCAUUACAGAGCUUGGCAAAGGCAUGCAAACUGCAUGUGCUGCGGACAGACUGCAGGGCUGAACAAGGACAUGAUCGGCCUCAAAGCAAAGACACUCUGUUGUUAUACUUUCAUAAUGACGAGUAUUUUCCAAAAAAAAAAAUGUAGUGCUGAGGCUUGGGUCUUUCCGUUUUCGCGCCUUUGUUGCCAUGAUUUGUUAGCCGCUUAUUUUGUAGCGUCUCUUUUGUAGCUUCUUCAGUCUUUCAAUGCCAGUAGGGGGCAUUGUAGUUCCCUGGCACAGAAAGUGGUUGUUAUUUUUGCUCUUAAAAUUGUGUUUGUUCUAAUGAGAAUUUUUUUUUCUUUGAAAUGUGACUUGAAAUGUUGCCACUAAGGACAGUCCUGAUAGCAAAAAAAAUAUGCAUUGUGGAGACUAUCUGCAAAUUGUUCUGCUGUUUUAUUUAAGUGUUUGCUGGAUUCUCUCUUCCUUUUCAAUACAUAUAGAGCAGUAUUUAAUCAUCAAGAACUGUCAUGUUAUCCCCGUGAGAAAUGUUCUACUUUUCCAUUGUAUUCUGUUGCCGCUGUGUUUGUAGCUAUUCUGUUCUGGGCUUUUUUUUUUUUUUGGCUUGUUGUACUUGCGGUAAUGGUACACUGACGCUGUACGGUUUAUCUUAAUGGCUACGGCAUGAUAUGUAGAGAAUGAUCUACAACAUAACUUUUUGUAUACUUAAUUUCUAGUAAAUUAUGGCCAAUCUGUGCCUACAGAGCAAGGGAAAAUGAAAUGUAUGCUUUUGAAUUUGAUAUUUAAUAUGGCGGUCAUUCCUAUGUUUAAAUACUAAUCUUUUUCAAAACGAUGAUGUGCUUAUCAUAGAAAAAGAGGUACUUAGUUCCCCUACAGUGUGAACCUCAGAAAUCAGAUCUGAUGCUUAUCAUAUUAUCAUUCCAGGAACUACAUGAGACUUUCCACUAUGACUUUAUACACAUGGCCUUUGCCAAGAAAGCCACUGGAUUUCAAUCUGCCAUGUCCUUAAGGAUGUCGCACACACAAUCAUGGUGUAACAAAGAGAAAUAUACAGUAUGUAUUUGACCUUUUACUGUCAAAGUGGUCUACAACAGAAGACUUCACGGGCCCGGUAGUAGAAGUGAAAUCCGUAGGGCUUUAGAAAGUUUUGUUAAUUUUUUUUUAUAGUGAGGAAUGAGAAUGCUGCUUGCUAAAAUUCUGCUAGUAAUGAUUCAUUUUUUUUUUUUUUUUUUUUCAAUCCCAUAAAUGCGGUUGGGCUGCACUUGUAUUUUUAAUGCACUAUAGAGAUGCCCCGGCAUCUUCCCACUGUCUUUAGGCAAACAUUUAUUCUGUUUCUUUUUUUUACUGUUUUGUUUUAAAGGCCAGAAACACCAGAAAAUUAAAAUGUCUUCUGUGCACUUACAUGUGACACUCACCUAGUGAGUAUAUAAUGUCUGAAGAUACCACAGCUGAUCUACCAGAUAGAAAUUAUAGAUAUUCCAUUUCAAAUGAAUACUUUUUCGGUUUUUGGUGUUAUUGAUACUUUUCUACAUUUUUUUUGUUUUGGUUUUUUUUUUCCUAAUCUACAAACAUUACAGUCCACACAAAAUAUAAUAUUGGCGGCCCAGUAAAUGAUUGCCUGUAUCAGUAAAAUUUUCAACUUCAUUAUUGUCCUUUUGUUCCCUUAUAAAAUUAUUUUGGUUACCAUUCAGUAUGGUAUCAAGGAGAACCACUGAAUUUGCCAUCGAAAUUAAAAAACAAGUCUUUAUUGGGAGAGGGUUUUUUUCUUUAAGGAACCAUUCUUAAAAUAAAAGAAAAAUUGGGUAAAAGA